AGUAUUAACCCUGAUGAAGCUGUUGCAUAUGGUGCAGCUGUGCAGGCUGCUAUCUUAGCUGGUGACAAAUCGGAGAAUGUGCAGGAUCUGCUAUUACUGGAUGUAACACCCUUGUCACUGGGCAUUGAGACAGCUGGUGGUGUAAUGACUGCCCUAAUCAAACGGAAUACCACGAUUCCAACAAAGCAAACGCAGACAUUCACCACUUACUCUGACAACCAGCCUGGUGUGCUCAUCCAGGUGUUCGAGGGUGAGAGAGCUAUGACUAAGGAUAACAAUUUGCUGGGCAAGUUUGAGCUGACUGGAAUUCCACCUGCUCCACGGGGUGUGCCUCAAAUUGAGGUGACGUUUGAUAUUGAUGCCAAUGGUAUCUUGAAUGUGUCUGCAGUGGACAAGAGCACUGGAAAGGAAAACAAGAUCACCAUCACAAAUGACAAAGGUCGCUUGAGUAAAGAAGACAUUGAACGUAUGGUCCAGGAAGCUGAGAAAUACAAAGCAGAGGAUGAACAACAGCGUGACAAAGUUGCAUCCAAGAAUUCUCUAGAAUCCUAUGCUUUCAACAUGAAGGCUACCAUUGAGGAUGAAAAACUCAAGGGCAAAAUAAGUGAUGAUGACAAACAGAAAGUUUUGGACAAAUGUAAUGAGGUCAUUAGCUGGCUGGAUAAAAACCAGACUGCAGAAAAAGAUGAAUAUGAACAUCAACUGAAAGAAAUAGAGAAGAUCUGCAAUCCGAUUGUCAGCAAAUUGUAUCAGGGUGCUGGUGGCAUGCCUGGUGGGAUGCCAGAAGGCUUUCCUGGUACUGGUGCUGCUCCUGGAGGUGGAUCCUCUGGACCAACCAUUGAAGAAGUUGACUAAAAAAUGUACAGUAAGAAUCAGUGAGACUGGAAAGUGGAUAUUUAUUGAUGUAUUGUGAAAUAAGAAUGCAAAAUGUACUAUGCUGUAACUAAACAUGGUGUAAAAGUUUCAGGAGACUGAAAAGCUUCUUAAAUUCCAGUUCAAAACUUGUCUUCUAAUAAAAGAGCAAUACAUAUACCAAAA